UGCUCACUCAAAUAACCAUUCACUGCACAAUACUGUACGUUCAUUCAUUUUCAAACUCCAUCUGGAUACAUGACUCGUGAAAAUUAUUGAUACUUGAUUUAUUUGAGAUUAGCAUUGUCUGAUAUGUAUACUAGCUGUAAAUAUCAUUCAAUACAUGUCUUUAAUGUUCACUCAAAUAACCAUUAUCAAUACACAAUAUGGUUUCAUUCUCUAUCUGGAUACAUGGCUCAUGAAAAUUAUUGACACUCACAUAGGCUUAUGGAAGAUACCAAUUCACUCUUUCUAAAAUUGAAAUGUAAGAUGGCCGUCGCUCAGAGAGCUCUGCAUUUGAUCUGCAUGUUGCUGUAUUUAUAUCUUUGUUUUAAAAACCUUACACGAUGUAAAAAAUGCAAUUCACUCGAUGUGUAUAAUGGAAACGUAUUCUACUCCUCAAAUAUAGCCGCUAAACCAAAUAUUGCAAGUUUUGUUCGUUUACCACGGCAACCUAGAUCUUGUUCUGGCUCGGCAAGUUUAACGCCAAACUCAACUCGUGUGAUUGUUGCCUGUCGUCUACUAACUAAAGCCUCAAUCUCGUUGCUUCUUAUUCAAAUGUCAAACGAUGUUGAAUCCCAGCCUGGUCCUGUAGUCGAUCGAAAAGGAAUCAAAUUAUGCCAUUGGAAUAUACAACAUCUCACGGACAGUAAAUUUGAAGAGAUUCGCAACUUAUUGACAUGCCCCAGCAAGGAGCUUUUUGGUCUGGACAUUCUCAUUUUAUCGGAGACCUUCUGUACCGAAAAAAUACCAGAAACAUUUUACAGCAUUCCCGGCUACAAAGUCUAUCGAAAGGACAGAACUGGAAAGUCAGGCGGUGGAUUAUGUGUAUAUGUUAAAAACUCAGUUCAAGCUGAGCGACGAAUUGAUCUCGAAACAAAAGAUGUGGAAAUAAUAUGGCUCGAAACCUGUCCCUACAAAUCGAAACGGCCUCUAUUCAUCGGGGGAAUCUACAGACCACCCUCAUCAAACGCUGCUAGUGAUAAGAGUAUCGGGAAAAACAUCGAAAAUGUCUCUCUUUUAGGUCGCGAGGUGGUACUUUUGGGUGACAUAAACAUUGAUUAUUUAUGCACAACGAAAUUUGCAAAUCAUACAUUCACGAAAGUAUUAAAGUCAUUCAACCUUUCGCAGCUUAUGAAUGUGAUUACACGCCCCAUAUCACGCACCUGUCUCGAUCACAUCUGGUGCACCCAUGCUGAACGGCUAAACAAUGUCAAAGUUUUAAAUAUUGGAAUAUCAGAUCAUUUGCCUAUUAUGACAACCAGGAUAUACAAACGUGCGUGUCACAACAAGGGUAAGCAUUCCACAAUAAACUAUCGCGACGUAAAGCAUUUAAACAAGGACAAAUUCAUUACCGCCCUUAAAAAUGCACCGUGGGAUAGUGCUUUUGUAUUUGAUGACGCAAAUGACACUGUCUAUGCAUGGUAUGAAAUAUUUAAUGAUGUCGUAAAUGAAUAUCUUCCCUUAAAACAAAAGCGGGUAAAGCGAAAUACACAGCCUAAAUGGUUCAAUAAUAUAAUUGGGGAGGACAUAAAGGCACGCGAUAAACUGUAUUACAAAGCAAGGAAAUAUCAAACUGACGAAGAUUGGGCAAACUACCGCAUUGCAAAGAACAAAGUGACAAAAACAAUAAGAAAUGCGAAGAAAAAUUACUUUUAG